GCCCCAGAAGUCGGUUCCGGAGCUGUCAGCGCCGGCGGGAUCGCGGCGGGGCGCGGGGUGGGCGCCGCCGACCCCGUCCCCGACCCGGCCCGCGACCCCCCGACCUCCCGCGCGCCCCGCACCUGGCCCGCUAGGCCUCCCGGCCGCGCACCGCGCACCUCGCCCCGCGCUCGCUCGCCUAGUUCUCUCGCUCGCCGGCCGCCGGAGACCCCGCUGGGGCUGAGACUUCUGGCGAGCCGGCGGCGGGGGCCCGCUGCGGUCUCCUCGCCAUGUCUUCGGCCCACGGCGCCAGCAGCCACUUCCCUCUGCACCUCCUGGUCUGGAACAACGACUACCGGCAGCUGGAGAAGGAGCUGCGGGGCCAGAACGUGGAGGCUCUGGAUCCACGAGGCCGAACCUUAUUGCAUCUCGCUGUUUCCUUGGGACACUUGGAAUCUGCUAGAGUCUUGCUCCGACAUAAAGCAGAUGUUACAAAGGAAAAUCACCAGGGAUGGACAGUUUUACAUGAGGCUGUGAGCACUGGCGAUCCUGAGAUGGUGUACACAGUCCUUCAACAUCGAGACUACCACAACACAUCCAUAGCUUUCGAAGGUGUUCCUGAGCUGCUCCAAAAAAUUCUCGAGGCUCCCGAUUUCUAUGUGCAGAUGAAAUGGGAAUUCACCAGCUGGGUGCCCUUGGUUUCUAGGAUAUGCCCGAACGAUGUCUGUCGCAUUUGGAAGAGUGGUGCCAAACUGCGUGUCGAUAUCACGUUGCUGGGAUUUGAAAACAUGAGCUGGAUAAGAGGGAGGCGUAGUUUUAUAUUUAAGGGUGAAGACAACUGGGCAGAGUUGAUGGAAGUCAACCAUGAUGACAGAGUGGUCACCAGCGAACACUUCGACCUGUCGCAGGAAAUGGAGCGCCUCACCCUGGACUUGAUGAAGCCAAAAGGCAGGGAAGUUGAGAGGCGGCUCACAAGCCCAGUCAUUAACACCAGCCUCGAUACUAAAAACAUAGCUUUUGAGAGAACUAAAUCCGGAUUCUGGGGCUGGAGAACAGAUAAAGCAGAAGUUGUUAAUGGUUACGAAGCAAAGGUUUACACGGUAAACAAUGUGAGUGUGAUAACCAAAAUACGGACAGAACAUCUGACUGAGGAAGAAAAAAAGAGAUAUAAAGCGGACCGGAAUCCCCUGGAAUCUUUGCUGGGAACUGUGGAACAUCAGUUUGGUGCACAAGGGGACCUGACCACAGAGUGUGCCACUGCCAACAACCCCACGGCCAUCACGCCUGAUGAGUACUUCAAUGAAGAGUUUGAUCUGAAAGACAGGGACAUUGGAAGGCCUAAAGAACUGACGAUUAGAACACAAAAGUUUAAAGCUACCUUGUGGAUGUGUGAAGAGUUUCCCCUCUCUCUCGUGGAGCAGGUCAUUCCUAUCAUUGACCUAAUGGCCAGAACUAGUGCUCACUUUGCAAGACUGAGAGAUUUCAUCAAAUUGGAAUUCCCACCUGGAUUUCCUGUCAAAAUAGAAAUUCCAUUAUUUCAUGUCUUAAAUGCACGGAUUACAUUUGGAAACGUUAAUGGCUGUAGCACGGCUGAGGAAACUGUAUCCCAAAAUGUGGAAGGGACCCAGGCUGAUUCAGCUUCUCAAUUGACAGACUUUGAAGUUGAUCAGUCGGUGUUUGAGAUUCCUGAAUCUUAUCAUGUCCAAGACAAUGGCCGAAACAUGCAUUUGCAAGAUGAAGAUUACGAGAUAAUGCAGUUUGCCAUCCAGCAGAGCUUACUGGAGACCAGCCGGAGCCAGGAAGUUUCAGGACCAGCUUCGAAUGGAGGGGUCAGCCAGACACAUGCUUAUGAUGCCCAGUAUGAGAGGGCCAUCCAGGAGAGUCUCCUCGCCAGCUCAGAAACUCUGUGUCAUGGUGCCCCAAGCGAGACCAGCCGUUUUGAUAGCGACCUGCAGCUGGCAAUGGAGCUGUCCGCCAAAGAGUUGGAGGAGCGGGAGCUUCGGCUUCAGGAAGAAGAGGCAGAGCUCCAGCAAGUCUUACAGCUGUCGCUCACUGAGAAAUAGACCCUCCCACCCAAGCAUGGGCUGCACAAAGCAGAGGCUGGGGGCUGCACCACAGGUGCCACGUCAACCAGUGUGCCGGGUUCUGAGGGACUGUACCUUGGCGUACGCUGUGGGGCAGAUGGCAGCCGCCCCCGUAUUUGUGCAGAGGUGCAGGCCUAGGGACUCCCAGGCCAACCCAUGAGUCUCCCCUGGUGGAGAAGGGGCUGGGGUUGGCAGGCCCCGACUCCCAGCUAAGAGGAGAAGAGCAUCGUCACUUUCCAUUAGCUGUACUGGCUUGCAGGCCACAUUUUUACUACCAGCUUUAGACAAAAACCCCAACCCUGGCAGGUUUGUAGAUUAAUUUUUAUCAAGGAGUAAUAACAAAAAACGUUAUUGCAGAGUCAGGGUGCUUUGAUAUAUGAGAGCAGCAGCAGCCUUCUUGGAGAGUGGUUUAUAAGAAUUUGUGAGACACUUCUUAUUAUUCACCAAAGAAAUGGGUAAUCUGUGCCGAUCUACUCUUUAUUCUCACCUUUAUACAGGGUUUCUAGAACACUGUCACUAUGCCUCCUCCAUCUCUACCUUACUCCAUUCCUUCUACCCCCAGCUAAAGUUCAGGAGGAGAUAUGUAUAGGAUCUAUUUUAGAUUAUGGUUAGCUAUUUGCAUCAAAUUACAAUAUACAGAUGACCACAGAUGUUGCCUUAGCCUUAAAAAAUACUAAUAGUUUCAAACAGCCUCACUCCAUUUUUUAAGGGAUCUGAUUUGAAUUUAUAAAGGCAUUUCCUUUGACAACAGUUUCCUCCAUGCUAAAUCAAAGGCAGCUGAUACUGUCCCUGAAAGAGCAGAUAGAGGAACUUGAGGCUGUUCUUGAAGUGGGUAAGCUGCCAAAAUAUUGGAACAGCAAAGAACCAAACCAAGUGUGGGGUCUACACCUUCUCUAGUGAAAGGUUUCCAUGUAGACGCCUAAGAACCCACUAUAUGCCCUCGUCUCACUUGAGAGAAAGGGGUGGACUUGAAAUUAGAAAAGGAGCUUACAACGGACAUCAAUGGUUCUAUUUAUUCAAAAGGGAAAAUGGUGAUUCCAUAUUGCUUUUUAAGAGUUCAAAUCAACACCUUUCUGGAUAAAUAUAUUUUUUAACAGAAUCUUUUUAUGAUUUUUAAAAGAUAUAAAAAUGACUACUCCCAUCAGUAGCAAUACAAAGUUCUACAUUUUAACCAGAUUUUCUCAGGCCUUUUUUGGAUACCUUUAGUAGUUAACUAUUUUGUCUAACCCUUCUGUAAAUAACCAUCACACAACAUACGGAACCCUGUGGAAUACAGCCGAGUGCCCCUUCACUGUGGCCCAUGUGUUCACUCCCACAGGCUGCAUUGAGAUAACCUGGUAAACAGUAUCCUCCUCCAUUCUGCAUCUAUUUCCUGUCUGUUGUGCUUCUUUUGGGAUGGGAAGAGAAAAAUAAACUACUGUUCCAGUUAACAUCUGAAUUAGUUAGUGUUGCCAGUUAAAUGUUUCUAGUCACAAAGAAUUGUGCUUUUAAUUCCAUAGAAUCAUCUGCCUUUUUUGUCAUGGUCUGACCAAAAUUCCUUCUUUGCACACAAGGCCAGUAUACGCAACAUCACAUUUAUUCCAAAUAUGCAGCUUGGCAUUUUGUUUGAUGCUUAUCUUGAGCAAAGAUGCUUCUUGGGAAUGGCUGCCGGUUAGGCCACGUUGUUUACUCACUACGGUGAACCACAGGUAAUUUCUGUUUGCAUUCCAUUACCCUGUUUCCCAAUGUCUUUGACUUUCUCCCCAGGCAGUAGGUUAAAAAGGGACUGAGCACUGUGUCAACCUGUUGCAGCCUUUUUCAUGAAUGUGUUCACUCUUAAAAUGCAAAUAAAGACUGCUUCCUUAGAGGGUGCUCAUACAAUA